AUGAAGAAGGCUUCAAACAUCAAAUGUACGCCAUGUACUCCACGCCGACAUGCUACCUGCAGACGACGCACCAGGAGAAGUAAUGACAAGUUGUCUUCUUGUUUAGUCAAUGAAGAAGGCUUCAAACAUCAAAUGUACGCCAUGUACUCCACGCCGACAUGCUACCUGCAGACGAAGCACCGGGAGAAUUUUGUCAAUGAAGAAGGCUUCAAACAUCAAAUGUACGCCAUGUACUCCACGCCGACAUGCUACCUACAGACGACGCACCAGGAGAAUUUUGUCAAUGAAGAAGGCUUCAAACAUCAAAUGUACGCCAUGUACUCCACGCCGACAUGCUACCUGCAGACGACGCACCAGGAGAAUUUAGUCAAUGAAGAAGGCUUCAAACAUCAAAUGUACGCCAUGUACUCCACGCCGACAUGCUACCUGCAGACGAAGCACCGGGAGAAUUUUGUCAAUGAAGAAGGCUUCAAACAUCAAAUGUACGCCAUGUACUCCACGCCGACAUGCUACCUACAGACGACGCACCAGGAGAAUUUUGUCAAUGAAGAAGGCUUCAAACAUCAAAUGUACGCCAUGUACUCCACGCCGACAUGCUACCUGCAGACGACGCACCAGGAGAAUUUUGUCAAUGAAGAAGGCUUCAAACAUCAAAUGUACGCCAUGUACUCCACGCCGACAUGCUACCUGCAGACGACGCACCAGGAGAAUUUUGUCAAUGAAGAAGGCUUCAAACAUCAAAUGUACGCCAUGUACUCCACGCCGACAUGCUACCUACAGACGACGCACCAGGAGAAUUUUGUCAAUGAAGAAGGCUUCAAACAUCAAAUGUACGCCAUGUACUCCACGCCGACAUGCUACCUGCAGACGACGCACCAGGAGAAUUUUGUCAAUGAAGAAGGCUUCAAACAUCAAAUGUACGCCAUGAACUCCACGCCGACAUGCUACCUGCAGACGACGCACCAGGAGAAUUUUGUCAAUGAAGAAGGCUUCAAACAUCAAAUGUACGCCAUGUACUCCACGCCGACAUGCUACCUGCAGACGACGCACCAGGAGAAUUUUGUCAAUGAAGAAGGCUUCAAACAUCAAAUGUACGCCAUGUACUCCACGCCGACAUGCUACCUGCAGACGACGCACCAGGAGAAUUUUGUCAAUGAAGAAGGCUUCAAAACAUCAAAUGUACGCCAUGUACUCCACGCCGACAUGCUACCUGCAGACGACGCACCAGGAGAAGUAAUGACAAGUUGUCUUCUUGUUUUGUCAAUGAAGAAGGCUUCAAACAUCAAAUGUACGCCAUGUACUCCACGCCGACAUGCUACCUGCAGACGACGCACCAGGAGAAGUAAUGACAAGUUGUCUUCUUGUUUUGUCAAUGAAGAAGGCUUCAAACAUCAAAUGUACGCCAUGUACUCCACGCCGACAUGCUACCUACAGACGACGCACCAGGAGAAUUUUGUCAAUGAAGAAGGCUUCAAACAUCAAAUGUACGCCAUGUACUCCACGCCGACAUGCUACCUGCAGACGACGCACCAGGAGAAUUUUGUCAAUGAAGAAGGCUUCAAACAUCAAAUGUACGCCAUGAACUCCACGCCGACAUGCUACCUGCAGACGACGCACCAGGAGAAUUUUGUCAAUGAAGAAGGCUUCAAACAUCAAAUGUACGCCAUGUACUCCACGCCGACAUGCUACCUGCAGACGACGCACCAGGAGAAUUUUGUCAAUGAAGAAGGCUUCAAACAUCAAAUGUACGCCAUGUACUCCACGCCGACAUGCUAUCUGCAGACGACGCACCAGGAGAAUUUUGUCAAUGAAGAAGGCUUCAAACAUCAAAUGUACGCCAUGUACUCCACGCCGACAUGCUACCUGCAGACGACGCACCAGGAGAAUUUUGUCAAUGAAGAAGGCUUCAAACAUCAAAUGUACGCCAUGUACUCCACGCCGACAUGCUAUCUGCAGACGACGCACCAGGAGAAUUUUGUCAAUGAAGAAGGCUUCAAACAUCAAAUGUACGCCAUGUACUCCACGCCGACAUGCUACCUGCAGACGACGCACCAGGAGAAUUUUGUCAAUGAAGAAGGCUUCAAACAUCAAAUGUACGCCAUGUACUCCACGCCGACAUGCUACCUGCAGACGACGCACCAGGAGAAUUUUGUCAAUGAAGAAGGCUUCAAACAUCAAAUGUACGCCAUGUACUCCACGCCGACAUGCUACCUGCAGACGACGCACCAGGAGAAUUUUGUCAAUGAAGAAGGCUUCAAACAUCAAAUGUACGCCAUGUACUCCACGCCGACAUGCUACCUGCAGACGACGCACCAGGAGAAUUUUGUCAAUGAAGAAGGCUUCAAACAUCAAAUGUACGCCAUGUACUCCACGCCGACAUGCUACCUGCAGACGACGCACCAGGAGAAUUUUGUCAAUGAAGAAGGCUUCAAACAUCAAAUGUACGCCAUGUACUCCACGCCGACAUGCUACCUACAGACGACGCACCAGGAGAAUUUUGUCAAUGAAGAAGGCUUCAAACAUCAAAUGUACGCCAUGUACUCCACGCCGACAUGCUACCUGCAGACGACGCACCAGGAGAAUUUUGUCAAUGAAGAAGGCUUCAAACAUCAAAUGUACGCCAUGAACUCCACGCCGACAUGCUACCUGCAGACGACGCACCAGGAGAAUUUUGUCAAUGAAGAAGGCUUCAAACAUCAAAUGUACGCCAUGUACUCCACGCCGACAUGCUACCUGCAGACGACGCACCAGGAGAAUUUUGUCAAUGAAGAAGGCUUCAAACAUCAAAUGUACGCCAUGUACUCCACGCCGACAUGCUACCUGCAGACGACGCACCAGGAGAAUUUUGUCAAUGAAGAAGGCUUCAAACAUCAAAUGUACGCCAUGUACUCCACGCCGACAUGCUACCUGCAGACGACGCACCAGGAGAAUUUUGUCAAUGAAGAAGGCUUCAAACAUCAAAUGUACGCCAUGUACUCCACGCCGACAUGCUACCUGCAGACGACGCACCAGGAGAAUUUUGUCAAUGAAGAAGGCUUCAAACAUCAAAUGUACGCCAUGUACUCCACGCCGACAUGCUACCUGCAGACGACGCACCAGGAGAAUUUUGUCAAUGAAGAAGGCUUCAAACAUCAAAUGUACGCCAUGUACUCCACGCCGACAUGCUACCUACAGACGACGCACCAGGAGAAUUUUGUCAAUGAAGAAGGCUUCAAACAUCAAAUGUACGCCAUGUACUCCACGCCGACAUGCUACCUGCAGACGACGCACCAGGAGAAUUUUGUCAAUGAAGAAGGCUUCAAACAUCAAAUGUACGCCAUGAACUCCACGCCGACAUGCUACCUGCAGACGACGCACCAGGAGAAUUUUGUCAAUGAAGAAGGCUUCAAACAUCAAAUGUACGCCAUGUACUCCACGCCGACAUGCUACCUGCAGACGACGCACCAGGAGAAUUUUGUCAAUGAAGAAGGCUUCAAACAUCAAAUGUACGCCAUGUACUCCACGCCGACAUGCUAUCUGCAGACGACGCACCAGGAGAAUUUUGUCAAUGAAGAAGGCUUCAAACAUCAAAUGUACGCCAUGUACUCCACGCCGACAUGCUACCUGCAGACGACGCACCAGGAGAAUUUUGUCAAUGAAGAAGGCUUCAAACAUCAAAUGUACGCCAUGUACUCCACGCCGACAUGCUAUCUGCAGACGACGCACCAGGAGAAUUUUGUCAAUGAAGAAGGCUUCAAACAUCAAAUGUACGCCAUGUACUCCACGCCGACAUGCUACCUGCAGACGACGCACCAGGAGAAUUUUGUCAAUGAAGAAGGCUUCAAACAUCAAAUGUACGCCAUGUACUCCACGCCGACAUGCUACCUGCAGACGACGCACCAGGAGAAUUUUGUCAAUGAAGAAGGCUUCAAACAUCAAAUGUACGCCAUGUACUCCACGCCGACAUGCUACCUGCAGACGACGCACCAGGAGAAUUUUGUCAAUGAAGAAGGCUUCAAACAUCAAAUGUACGCCAUGUACUCCACGCCGACAUGCUACCUGCAGACGACGCACCAGGAGAAUUUUGUCAAUGAAGAAGGCUUCAAACAUCAAAUGUACGCCAUGUACUCCACGCCGACAUGCUACCUGCAGACGACGCACCAGGAGAAUUUUGUCAAUGAAGAAGGCUUCAAACAUCAAAUGUACGCCAUGUACUCCACGCCGACAUGCUACCUGCAGACGACGCACCAGGAGAAUUUUGUCAAUGAAGAAGGCUUCAAACAUCAAAUGUACGCCAUGUACUCCACGCCGACAUGCUACCUGCAGACGACGCACCAGGAGAAUUUUGUCAAUGAAGAAGGCUUCAAACAUCAAAUGUACGCCAUGUACUCCACGCCGACAUGCUACCUGCAGACGACGCACCAGGAGAAUUUUGUCAAUGAAGAAGGCUUCAAACAUCAAAUGUACGCCAUGUACUCCACGCCGACAUGCUACCUGCAGACGACGCACCAGGAGAAUUUUGUCAAUGAAGAAGGCUUCAAACAUCAAAUGUACGCCAUGUACUCCACGCCGACAUGCUACCUGCAGACGACGCACCAGGAGAAUUUUGUCAAUGAAGAAGGCUUCAAACAUCAAAUGUACGCCAUGUACUCCACGCCGACAUGCUACCUGCAGACGACGCACCAGGAGAAUUUUGUCAAUGAAGAAGGCUUCAAACAUCAAAUGUACGCCAUGUACUCCACGCCGACAUGCUACCUGCAGACGACGCACCAGGAGAAUUUUGUCAAUGAAGAAGGCUUCAAACAUCAAAUGUACGCCAUGUACUCCACGCCGACAUGCUACCUGCAGACGACGCACCGGGAGAAUAUAGUCAAUGAAGAAGGCUUCAAACAUCAAAUGUACGCCAUGUACUCCACGCCGACAUGCUACCUGCAGACGACGCACCAGGAGAAUUUUGUCAAUGAAGAAGGCUUCAAACAUCAAAUGUACGCCAUGUACUCCACGCCGACAUGCUACCUGCAGACGACGCACCAGGAGAAUUUUGUCAAUGAAGAAGGCUUCAAACAUCAAAUGUACGCCAUGUACUCCACGCCGACAUGCUACCUGCAGACGACGCACCAGGAGAAUUUUGUCAAUGAAGAAGGCUUCAAACAUCAAAUGUACGCCAUGUACUCCACGCCGACAUGCUACCUGCAGACGACGCACCGGGAGAAGUAA